AAGAGGCCCGAGGAUUUCCGAAGAGGGCGGAAGUGGCGCUGCCAGGGUCCGGACGGGCCGAAGGCAUGGCCGAGUCGUCCUCGGAGCGGGAGUCGGAGGCCGAGGCGCUGGCAGCGGCGCGUGAGCGGAGCCUCGUCUUCCUGCGCGGCCUGGAGCUGAUGCAGCAGGGCGCCGAGGCGCGCGUCUUCCGCGGCCGCUUCUUGGGCCGCGCGGCCGUGGUGAAGCACCGCUUCCCCAAGAGCUACCGGCACCCGGUGCUGGAGGCGCGGCUCAGCCGGCGGAGGACGGUGCAGGAGGCGCGAGCGCUGCUCCGCUGCCGCCGCGCGGGGAUAGCCGCCCCAGUUGUCUUCUUCGUGGACUAUGCUUCUAACUGCUUAUAUAUGGAGGAAAUCGAAGACUCUGUGACAGUUCGAGAUUAUAUUCAAUCCGCCAUGGAGACUGAGAACGGCCCCCAGUGCCUCUUGGGCUUGGCGGGGAGAAUUGGGCAGGUUCUGGCUAGAAUGCAUGAUGAAGACAUCAUUCACGGGGACCUCACCACCUCCAACAUGCUUCUGAAACGGCCCCUGGAGCAGCUGCACAUCGUCCUCAUCGACUUCGGCCUGAGCUUUGUGUCUGGACUGCCAGAAGAUAAAGGCGUGGACCUGUACGUCCUGGAGAAGGCCUUCCUCAGCACCCACCCCCACACCGAGGCUGUGUUUGAAGCCUGUCUGAAGAGCUAUGCUGCUUCAUCCAGGAAGUCCAGCCCAGUGCUGAAGAAGUUAGAUGAAGUGCGCCUGAGAGGGAGAAAGCGCUCCAUGGUCGGGUAGCAGAGUUGUUGUAAUGACGGUUUCACAGUGAGGAUGCUGUGGACGAGGUUGGACCUCUGGCUGUAUUGUUAACUGACCUGUGAUUGUGCUGGGCCACUGUCAUCUGGGGCUCACUGUUCUCAGGAAGCUUAAUGUACGUAAGGCCUGUUCAGGCAGAGCUGGGUGAGUAGCCCAGGCUGGCCUCAGAUGGGCUAUGUGUGAGGAUCAGUAGCUGUGCGCUGAUGUCCUGCAUCCUUGGAGGGGAGGUUAGCAAUGCUCACGGCCUCACCCAUGCCAGGCAAGCACUCUGCCAACUAAGCUACAUCCCCCAUCCCUACACUAGAGUGUUGUUUCACAUCAAUCCAAACAGGCGUUCCCUCAAACAGUGGCUUGUGGGCAUCACCCAUGGCAGGUGGCAUUGAGCUGAGAACAAAACUCUAGUCCUGAGGGAUAAACGGGGACUCAGUUUCGGAUAUCGUUUCUGUCUGCCCUCUAACCUGGUGGAGGUUUGUUGUGUGUACGAAGACUACUAAAACCAGUCUAGUGGGCUAUAACCCUCACUUUCAGAGGGCAGAGUAAACCCUGGGACAUGGUGGGCUGCUUCCCAGAGCUUGUUUCAGGUGUGUAUUUUUACAUGGGUGUGUUUGGGGUUUGUUAUAAAAGGUGUUUUUGAGGGACUGGAGAGGUGGCCUUGUGCUCGUUCUUCCAAAGGUUCCGUUUCCAGCACUCAAGCCUAAGGGACCCAGUGCCUCCGUCUCCCCAGGCACCUGUACACAGGGGCCCUCCUCCCAGACACACACACAUAAUUAAUUACAAAUAGUAAAGAUACAUUCUUACAACAUUUUUGACAGUUGCAGUAAAAAAGAUGAAAAAAAGUACUCCAGUGUGGGUUUUUACUGCUCUGUAUCCAUAGGUUUGAAGCUCAUGGAGGUAGAGAAGGGAGUUGGUAUCUCGGGCC